GAAGAUUUUACCCCCUUCAUAACCAGGACAUUUUUUGCUAUUCAGCACUGUGCUACUACUGCUAACUGGCAUUUGUGCAAAGACCAGCAAUCAUUCAGUAGAGAGCAGGGGCGGACUGACAACUUAUGGGGCCCCUGGGCAAUAGGGGAUCAUGGGGCCCCUGUGUCCUUGCCCAAACUCAAAAAAGCCUAUGAAAAAAGGUACCAGGGGAAUCUCAUGGGGCCCCCUACUGACCCCGACCCUUGGGCAGUGCCUGAGUUUCCAAAUGGUCAGUCCGCCCUUGGUAGAGAG